GUUCUCACUCGGCUCUGGAAUUUGCGCGGGACUGGUCGGAGCCGGAGCCCCGGGCGCAAGCAGGGACGGCCAGAGGCGGCUGGGUGUGAGAAGGAGGAAACGGAGGACUUUGACACCACCGAAGAGCCCAGAAAAACACCAGGAGGAACUGCUCCACACUUUGGGUGGGUUCCGGUCCACAGCCCGGUCAUCCUGCUGCAGUACCGAAGGGUACUGCACUGGGUAGGAAGCAAAGGCAUAGCUUUCCUCCCCCUUCCCCAGGAGUCUUGAAUGUGCCAGGGGGUGGAGGCUUCUCUCCAGGCUUCCUUUCUCUGCCCCCGGCCCGCAGCUUGCCACGGGCAUCAGCAUCCCAGCGAGCCCAGGAGAAGAGGCUGUGGCGGGAGUCACAGUGUGAGCGUGCCACGAGAGAGCAGCCCCUGGCAGAGGCGGUGAUGCUGGGGUGCUCUCUUUGGGGCGCUGCACCCCCUACGCCAUCUGGGGAGAGGCGGGGGGCCGGGGGGCUUGAGCUCCUGUCGCUGUUCCUGCUGGCCCUGUCAGGCUGGGUUUGGGCUCAGCAGCCAGGGGACUGCCCCGAGCUGUGCGAGUGCUCCGAGGCGGCCAGGACAGUCAAGUGCAUCAACAAGAACCUGACCAAAGUGCCGGCGGACCUGCCUCCAUACGUGCGGACCCUCUUCCUCAUGGGCAACCACAUCAGCAACCUCUCGGCCAACGCCUUCCUCUCUGAGCCCCACCUGGAGCUCAGCCACCUCAACCUCAGUGGCAGCGGGCUGGAGUGGGUGGAGGCUGAGGCGUUCGCUGGGCUGCCCGGCUUGAAGCAGCUGGACCUUAGCGGCAGCAUCCUCAAUGGGAUCAGUCCCGAGGCCUUUGGCAACGCCAGCAGCCCCUUGGAGGAGCUGAACCUGAGCAACUCCCUCUACAACAACACCCUGGUGCUCGCCCUGGCCAAGCUCUUUCAGAAAGGGGCGCUUCUCAACUUGCAGCACCUGGACCUGUCCAGCAACAAUCUGGUUUACCUGCCUGCCGGCAUGCUCUCCAUGCUGCCCAGCCUGAGGCACCUAGACCUGCACAGCAACUCCCUGGUGGGCUUGCACAAAGUGUCCUUCUGGAGCCUUCACCGGCUGCAGAGCUUCGACCUCAGUGACAACGCCCUCAAGUGCCUCAAGAACGACACCCUCCAGCAGCUCAGCAGCCUCCCCGGCCUCUCCAGCCUCAACCUCAGCCGCAACGCCUGGGUCUGCGACUGUCACAUCGAGGACUUGGCCAGCUGGCUCAAGCACAGCGACCAGGUGGAGGCCAAGGGGGCCCUCCUGUGCACUUAUCCCGAAGAAAUGCACAACCGCUCCUUGGUGAGCCUCGACGUUUCACAGCUGAGUUGCCCCGAGCAGGCAGAUGCCGAGUCCCAGCUACAGACGUCUUACGUCUUCCUGGGGAUCGUCCUGGCCCUCAUCGGCGCCAUUUUCCUCCUGGUUUUAUACUUGAACCGAAAAGGCAUCAAAAAGUGGAUGUACAAUAUCAGGGAUGCCUGUAGAGACCACAUGGAGGGCUACCACUACAGCAGCUGAAAGAUCUCAAGCUACAAGAAUAAUAACUCCGUGCAUGUGAUGAAGGAAAAUAAGAUUGGGUAAGAGAACAUUUUCAGUUCCAAGCUCCUAAGUUACUUUUUAGUUAUAUACCGCAGAAGCAAGACUGAACUCGUUUUUGCACUCGCAGAGAAGCCCUCGACCACGCCCUUGUCAGCAAUGGGGACUACAAUGCGCACGACUGAAAUAAGUAUUAUUUGAUUGAGACAAUGUCCUGUCAUUAGCAUUGACCUGUGAUUCCGCCUGCUGCAUAGUGGAUGCAAAUCUUUAUAGAUGUCCAUAUGGAGCCACUUGUAGUAAUAUAGCUUGGAGCUUUUGCACAAAAUAAACGGAACGGUGCUUUGUUU